UUUUCAAAGAGUUCUUUCUCUUUUCAAGAAUGGGUGACGUGCGCACAAGAAGGAGCGCCGCGGCGGCAACCGCGAGAGAACCCCCCUUGUCCAUGGUCAAAGUUAGUUCUGUUGUUUGUCCGUAGUACUCAUCUAUCUCAAAAGUCAAAUAAGGGACCAUGAGCUUGCGACCCCGCUCCCUCCUUCCACUAUGGAGCAUGGCCCUUGCGGCAGCCACUACAACAGCCUUGACGUUGUUGUAUCUACGUCGAAACUCUCUCUUGACCCAAGACAAGCAAAAGAAGCGGGCAGAAGAAGAAGCGGCGACAAAGAGCGCAGAUGAGAAUGCACCCGUAGAGGAUCUACCAGCCCAAAGCGAAGAGGCAGCGUACAUGACCAAUGAUCGAGGUCUGUUGCUGUCUGAACAAGAUCAACAAGAUGCUGCUGCUGCUGCUCCUGAAGAGAUUGACAAUACUAUUUCACAACCCAAACAGGAAGUAGAAAGCAACAAAAAGGAGGAACGGAAUCCAUUGGCCAAAAUGUGGAAUACCUUUAAUAGUAACAAUACUAGCAGCCAGCAAAAAGAAGAAGGCGGGGAAUCGAAGGAAGAAGGCCCCGAAGAAAUCAAGGAGAAGGACUCGUUUGAGAAGGUCGACAAACCUGAGGACGGCGAAGCCAUGGAGGAGGAGAACAACAACAACCUGCACGAGAAGGAAAAGAAACCAUUUUGGGCGUCUUUCAUGCAACCCAAGCAAAAAGAAGUGCAAGUAGACGAAAAGGAGAAAGGAAAGGAAGAAGAAGUACCACCCGUGGAAGCUGUGGAGGGGACAGGAGAGCCACCAAGCAGCAACAAACCAGACAAUCCUUCCAUGUGGGGUUCGCUGGGCUUUGGUAGUAGUAAGCCAGCACUGGAAACGACAAAACGGGAAGAAAAACCUGCGGACGAGGAGAAAAAGGAAGAAGAGACAACCCCCUCAAGCUCGCCUCCACGAAAGAGCUUUCUUGGAUUUGGGUUCGGAGCACCGCCGAAACCAACGGAUACCAACCAAGAGGACGAGUCAAAUCAAGAGGACAGUAAGACAGAGGACAGUAAGGUAGAGGACAGUAAAGCAGAGGACGAGAGCAAGGAUGAAGCAACGGUGGCUGCCGAUGGCAAGAAACCACCUUCAGCCAGACGCAGCUUUUUUGGAUUUGGGGCACCUGUGUCACCUGAAACCAAGACAUUGGACAAUGACAAGACGUGCGUGGAUGAGAAGACGGAGGAGUCCGCGUCCUCUGAAACCACCACUGAAGAAUCCGAUAGUGGUGAUAAAUCCGAUGAUGGAGAUACUGAUCAGAAUGAGACUCAACAGCCAUCUAGACGCAGUUUUUUUGGUUUUGGAAUUGGACAAACCAACAAAGCAGAAGCCAACAAGACAACAACGCCCCACGAUGACACAACCAAAGAGGAUACCAAAGAGGAGGAAUCAUCCAAGGAGACAGACACAAGCCAGAAGGCAUCAAAAAGAAACAUAUUUGGCUUUGAUAUUCCAGACAAGGGAGAAGCAGCAGCAACCAACGUACCAUCGGAUGACGACAAACAGAAGGAAACAGUAGCCAAUGACAACAAUGUCAGAAGUGAAAAGCCUGGAUUCUGGGGAUCUUUUGGUAACCACAAGAGCGAAGGGGACAAGGGCAAGGAAGUCGAGGAGGGGAGCGACAAUAAGAAUAAAAACAGCAAUGCUACCCCUGUCGAGGAGGCAACCGGACGUCAAAGUUUCUUUGAAUCAUUUCUUCAUCCAUCGGGCAAAGAAAACAACCCAAAAGCAGUGGAAUCCAAGGAGGAGAGUUCCUUGUGAACUCAACAAUGUUAAUUAUUUAGUUUGAUUUGUUCAUGCCUGUAAGAGCUCUUUGCUUGCGAGCUCGCACUCAAUCGAUAUCUUCCUCGCUUGUCGUGAUGAUACAGUAGCCCGGAUAUCGUCUUGGUGUUGGUUCAGAUUGCGAAGCAUCCCAAGCCACCAGCUAGUAUGAGCGGCC